AUGAGCAUCGACGAGAGAAAGGCCCAGUCAAAUCUUUUGAAGGAUAUUGUUUCCCAUGCUCAAAAAGCAUUCGAUCCUUCGUAUGAAAAAGGAACACGUUUAGGCCAUAUCAAAACCUUCGAGUCGCUCUUAGAAUCCACCAGCACCUGUUCUCUCCUGUCCGUCCUAAGCACUCUUGUUCAACCAGGUCGAACCUCUCCAUGGAUACGAGAGCAGCUCACUUCAGCACUAGCACGCCUUCCUCUCCGACCCAAAGGUGUCCAAAACACUAUCGAAUUUGUUAUAUCUAUACAUCCAAGCUCGACAGUAACUUCGAAUGCAGAAGGAACGGGAAAACGAUCUUGCAUCUCACAUGAAGCUAUGAACGCAGUUUCCCGUCUACUCUCAUCGCCACCAGCGGCAUCUGGAAUAGAAUAUUGGUUCAAUGGUAUCGCUCCUCAACUUUUAUCGUUGCUCGAUGGAGAUGGAGACCUCGAAAUGGACAAAGUAGCAGCAUUCAUCAUUGGGUUCGGUAUUCUAGGAAGAAAAAUUUACGGUUCUAUAGGAAAACCCGGUUGGAGAGCCUUUGUCGAGCCAAUUUAUGCUCAUAUAUGUCCUUCAGCAAUGCAAUGCAAGUCCCAGAUUUACAGAAAGUAUGAAUCUAUAGAUGUGGAGAUCUUGAGCAUGCACAGAAUAUUGUCCACAGCCGAGGAAGUUUACCAUGCGCUACAAAGGCUCCAGGUCCUAGUAACAUCGCAUCCUCAUCCUUCUUUGGCAAAUCGUUUGUUAAGACCUAUUCUUCUUCCUCUUUGGGCCAUUUUCUGGCGAUCUCAAGAAUAUAGUCAAGUGGAAAACUCUUUUGGAAAUACUGCCAAAAAUUUAUUGACAACACUUCUACGUCUUGCACCAGGUAGUAACAGUACAACUCAUAAGGGUCUCCUUAAUUUGAUUAUAGAUGACCUGAUGUUUCAAGGAAAAGAUACCGUUGGAGAAACUGGUUGGAUCUACGUUCUGACACAGAGUGGAAUCCACAUCGAGGAAAUAAGAUUGAGUAACCAAACAUUCAAAAUGACAAACCUCGAAAAUGUGGACCUAGCAAUUAGUAUUUUUGUCACACUAAUGAGCGAUCUGCCCGAGUUGAAAAAUGAGGUAUCAGCUCUAUUUAUGAAACUUAUAUCAAGCUAUCUAUCCUGCCGCUCCAAGGAUUUCACGACACAGAUUCAUACGCACGAAGUUGACUUUCCUUCUGAUACUAUAGCCAAGGUUAUUGGUGUCAAGUUGAUGCAAAAAAUGCUAGUAACUCUACCUGAAAUGCUUAUCGAUAACUCUCUACAGCUUCUCGAAUUAAUAAAUCAAGUUUUAAGUGAUUGGGAAGCAAUCUGUCAUGAAGAUAGUAAUGCGGACCUUAUUUCUGUCGCGCUCAGCUUAUUGAACGUGGUUUUGACUUCACGUUUUCAGAGAAGCAAGGCAAUCGAUCACCUAUUCGAGUCAAUCCAAAAAUCUUUAGAAAUUAUAAGCCGACAGUCUUUUCUAGAAGUCUCAAGGACUUCAAAAAACCUCUUGAUGCUUUUGACUUUACAUGAUACUAUCAUUCCAACUGAGUCUGAUACAACUGUUGGAAAAAGGCCCUGGAUAAAUAAGCAAACUGAAGAAAAGAAAUCCUACGAUCUUGCAAUGUCCUACCUUACUAGUCUUGACUCACCUCCUCCUGUUAAAGUACAAGGGCUAGAGAUCAUAUCGCAACUGAUCGGCGCAUCAAGCUCUAUUUUAGAUAUUCCAGCACUUAUUUUGCUUUUGAUAACUUAUUUAAGAGAUAAUGAGGAAUAUGUCUACCUAAAAAUAAUAAAUUUAUUAGUUCAGCUAUCCCGAUGGCAUCCUAAAACAGUCAUGCGUGAUUUAAUGGACCAAUACGUAGACUCAAACGAAGAAUGCGAGCUAGAUCAGCGAUUGCGUCUUGGCGAAACCUUACUGCAGGUAAUAGAGAAAAAUAGACUCGAUUUUAACCUCGAGGCUGCUGAUACGCUAUGUCGGGGCUUACUCUUCCUUGGAAGUCGUCGUGGAUAUAGACCCAAAUCUUACAAGCUUCGUGAGAAAACUGUACUUCCAAAAGUAAAACAAGAGGUUGAAAACAUAGAAACGUCGAGCGAACUUGAACUAAGCCUGGACAAUGAUAAUGAUACUAGUUUACAAGCAGAGGAUCUGCUCUGUCAGAUUGUUGCCGGGUGGGAAAGUAAAAGAGGUGAAGAAGACGUCCGAAUCCGGUCAUCGGCUAUCACCAUUUUCGGAGCAGCUAUCUCGACUAACAUUGAGGGUAUCAGUUCACGCUUAGCAUCAGCUUCUCUAGAACUAAGCCUUCAGAUCCUUGGCCUCGAACCUGAACUAGAAAAAGGAAUCUUGCGGCGUGCGGCUGUACUACUAAUCAUGAAUUUCCUCAAGAGUUUAGAUUCCAGUAGAGCCAGAAAGAGAAGCUCAGUGUUUGAUUUCACUGGACAGGGAGUUGCAGAUAUUCGAAGGGUAUUGCAGUAUAUCGAAGCCACCGAUAAUGAUGGUUUGGUCCAGCAACAUGCUAAAGAUGUACUUGAAAGUCUUGAAGCUUUGCAGAUUAAAUGUCUAAACCCCCCACUUCUGCAUAACUCACGCAAAAUAAUAGCAUAUAAUGAGAUGUCUAUCUUGUCUACAGGCCCAAAAAGUUCCCAUUCAAAUCCUAUAAUUGAAGAAAUCGAAUAA